AUGGAUAACAAGCAGCUUGACAGAAACCAUAUAGAAUCCAUCAAAAAGACAAUGAAGAUGCAUGAAGACAUCUUCAAACACCAGGUAAGAGAACUACACCGAAUAUACAACGUGCAGAAGAUGCUGAUGACUGAGCUCAAAAAUAAGAUUAGACAACAAAACUUUUGGAGUCCAAUGAAGGACAUAAGAGGUAUUGAUCUUGAAAAGCCUGCUGUGGAAAACCCUUUGAUAGGAUCAUCAUUUGGUAUUGGUGAAGGUGAGGUAGGGACUAGUUCACACACUGCUACAUUUCAGAAUAGUAAUGAAGAAAUGGAAGUUGAUUUGACAUUAAGCAUAGGAGGUAGCAAGGUUAAGAAUACUAAUAUGAAACUUCAAUUAGGAGAAUGCAGUGAUACAGAAACCACUAUUAGGAGCAACAGUGUAACAAUUACUCAAGGUUUACAGCUUAAAUAG